UUUUGAUAAUAACGGUGCUGAUAUAAACAUUUCCCAUUAAAAUGGGACUAAGCAGUAACCGUGGACGCUAGUAUCGUACAAUUGUUUCUUUUCUAUACAUAGCCAUUUACUGAUAAAAAUAGGUAUUUUGAGUGAACACAAGUCAUUUUAAUGAAGUCAACAAGUUAUCUUUAGAUUGUAUAACCAUGGCAACCACAAAGCUACCAUCCACCAUUGGCGCUCCAAAAUCGCAAUACAAGAUUCGCUGUACGCCGGGAUCAGUACUCAUUGGUGACCGAGAGUUUCUGUCAGCUACCGAUGCUCUUGAAGCUUAUCUCAGUCAAUAUGAUCCACUGGGAUUUGCAAAUCAGCCUGUCUACAAGCGCACUGUUAAUGACCUUUUGACCCCUAAGUCGACCCUGCACAUGACCGCUGAAAGGUCAUUGGAGACUGGGGUCAGGGCAACUGGAACAGAGAUGCGAUUGGCUGAUCAGAAAGAUGCCAUUAACGAGUCCUUAUUAAAGAUGAAGAAAACUGUGGCUCUAAAGGCAGAAGUGGAGGAAGCAUUGAAUAAAUCCCAGGAGUUAAUACGCCAGAUCAACUCGGACAACUUUGCGAAGAAAACUGACUGCCCAAGCGAUAUCGGGAGCCUCACCACAGACAUCCUGGUAUCGAUGAACCCUGCUGAGGGCUACACUGACCCAGGGGCGUUGGAUGGGGCCCCACAGCCAUGGAAGAGCAAGCACAUAUACGGGUACAAGAGGCCAAGGGCUCGACGCUCCAAGACUUUGAGCAGUCUGCAGAUCGCUCACGAUAUGAUGGGUCUUACAGACCCUGUGCCCAAUCAGAGCUUCACAGCACAGCCUAGCAGCGAGAAGGCAGCAGGGCAUGUGACGUUCAAGAAUGACACCAGGAAACCUGACAGCAAAUAUGAUGACGAGGUUUCGGUCUUACUGGGAGAGUCACCACUAGACUCACGAAUGUCACGAUCUCCGAACAAAAAUCUACGAGAGAGAAGUCGCUCAGUGUCUCCUUCAAUUCUUAAACGAGAACGACAAUUGUUUGAGUCUGGAUUACGGGAAAAACCCAUUCCAGAUUACUAUACAGAGUUCAAUACCUCAGCAGCAAAGGCACCCAGCUGGGUAGAUACGAUGAACAUCUCAGAUGUAUCAGACUCUGACUGGAAAAAGCGUGACUUUACAGUGUCCAAACCACCCCCAAGUUGGGUGAAUGAUAUAGAUAAUUCAGACAUUACCAGCAUCGUGUCACCUUCAAAACCAGUCAAGAAGCUGGCGUUUGAAGACCUUCUCAGACCUCUACCUGUGAUCAAUACUCAACAGGACUCGUCCUACAACAGUGAUGUAAACGACACCCUGCCACCACCUGGGCUCACGUAUAAUGACUUGGUGGGAGACGCGUCGAAACGGAAUACUCAAAAUGCAAACAGGAAAGGUUCCCCUACGUUAUCGGAAAAACUUUCAAAUCUGAAGUCGAAAACAACAGCUGCUUUACAGAAAUAUCAUGACAGAGAUAAUGACAAUUUAAAUUUGGACACCCCAUCCAGGGGAAGCAAUCCAUAUAGUGGUAAUGACGUGCCCAGAUGUUCGAGUCUCGAUACUGCGGCUCUUAUUGCUGGGAUUGCUCCCCCACGAAGCAGUGAUAUUGUAGGAGCAUCACCAAUCAAGCCAGUAGCUGGUGACAAUGACAGCACAGUGACGGCCCAUGGCAGCCCAGACCGAGCCCGCGCCCGGAGAGCCCGGUCCAGGAGCCCUGAUACUGACAUUGUGUUAGAAGGCGACCGGCCUUGGGAGAAAACUGUCCCUUAUAAGCCACCAGUGUCUGUUGGCGAUUUGAGGAAGCCAGCUAAUGAUUCACAGAACUACUCUGGCGGGUCCCAGCCGGGCAGCCUGGAGGCAUUGAAGAACAUGAUCUUCAAACUGCAGCAGGAGGCCGUCACAACUGACAGCGAGGAUGAGGGCAGUCGGUCACAGCUCUCAGCCAAGGUGCACAAGUUGCGUGCAGAAGCCGCCAACCUUGGAAUCAACAUUCCUGCAGCCGAUGUCAUGGACCCCAGGACCGGGAAACCCAUGGCGCCUCUACCUGAACUAAAGGACUAUGACUUCCAAGGGGAGCCUGGGGGUCAAUCUCUGGAGAAAGCACUUGUACAUCUUGAUCGACUGAAGACACUCGUUAAUUCUCGAGAGAAGGACGUGAAACAGAGGAGUGGAGUUACCCCAUUAUGUGCUCACAUGGAUAAGCAGAAAAAAUAAAUGCAACAAUAUUAGCCUCAUUCUUGGAAAACCGGGCUUAACGCAUGUAAAUAAACGUUCCCAGAUUAGCCUAUGCAGUUUCCACUUUCUGCCUAAACUAGCUUUUUUAUUAAUUUUUAAAGAGACCUUGUUUUAUGCAAAAAAUUCAUAAAGCUGAAAGUGCUGUUCCUGAUUAGUGUAUGCAGACUGCACACACUGAUCUGGUACAACUCUUUACACACAGGUGUUAAGACUGCACAGACUGAUCUGGUACAACUCUUUACACACAGGUAAUAAGACGGCACAGACUGAUCUGGUACAACUCUUUACACACAGGUAUUAAGACUGCACAGACUGAUCUGGUACAACUCUUUACACACAGGUAUUAAGACUGCACAGACUGAUCUGGUACAACUCUUUACACACAGGUAUUAAGACUGCACAGACUGAUCUGGUACAACUCUUUACACACAGGUAUUAAGACUGCACAGACUGAUCUUGUACAACUCUUUACACACAGGUAUAAAGACUGCACAGACUGAUCUGGUACAACUCUUUACACACAGGUACUAAGAAUGCACAGACUGAUCUGGUACAACUCUUUACACACAGGUAUUAAGACUGCACAGACUGAUCUGGUACAUCUCUUUACACACAGGUAUUAAGACUGCACAGACUGAUCUGGUACAACUCUAUACACAAAGGUAUUAAGACUGCACAGACUGAUCUGGUACAACUCUUUACACACAGGUAUUAAGACUGCACAGACUGAUCUGGUACAACUUUUUACACACAGGUAUUAAGACUGCACAGACUGAUCUGGUACAACUCUUUACACACAGGUAUUAAGACUGCACAGACUGAUCUGGUACAACUCUUUACACAAAGGUAUUAAGACUGCACAGACUGAUCUGGUACAACUCUUUACACAAAGGUAUUAAGACUGCAUACACUGAUCUGGUACAACUCUUUACACAAAGGUAUUAAGACUGCACAGACUGAUCUGGUACAACUCUUUAAAAGUUGAUAGUGACUUAUAUUUGAGGACAUUUCAGCAGAACGUGUGGGGAUGGUUUAUUAAGAAAAUUGUUGUUCAAGAGUUAUUUCUGUGAAAUGCAAGUAUGUAUGUUUCUAAAAAAUGGGUUUUAUUUAAAUAAGUGGGUUAUUUUUUGGUUUGCGUUGGAGCACAUGAGUUAGACUUUAAUUUUAAUAUGGCUUAAGUACAAGUAUGACUUCAUAUUAGCCAUGUCAUGCGACAAUGGGUCUUGUGCCAAAUGGGGUCCUGCAGUCUGGUCAGAAUUUACCAAAUCUCCUUACUGGGUAAUUGUACAAGUUGGUUUAGAACUAUGCUGGUCCUAUAUGGCAUAAGACCAAUGUACAUACAACCAGGCUCAUAUUAACUUUUGUGAUAAAUUAUGUUGACAUUGAUUUUACUGUAUUUCAAAUACUCAUUUUAUUUAUCAAUGUAAGUCACUGUAAUAAAUUUUGAAACGAU